GCGGCCUUUCGAAGCGCGGCGCGGCGGCGGAGGGCGGCGGGCGUUCGGCGUCGUUCCCGUGUAAGAUGCAUCAAGUAUACUCUUGCCUCUUCGGUGGCUUCACAAAAGGUCUGCUGCUCAAUAUGAAGACUUGAUACUACUUCACAAGGACUCGAAUCAUGCACUUACAGAAAAAACAUCACCUGGUAAGGAUCUUCCUGGAGUCUGCUGAGGUUUCCUCAAUGGAGCUGCUGAAACAUGGCAGUGGGGUGUGUAAAAAGGAAGAGAAAUGUUUUGGGAUUAAUUUCCACUAAUGCACAGAAGUAAUUGAUGCUUCAUAGUAUUCAAAAGACUCCUGAAUAUUUCUUCAAAUUUUUUAUUUGGGGGAUUUAGUUUUUCAAAGCUAUCCCAGGAGAUUGCUCAAUACUAUUACUCCAAAGCAGAUACACUGAUGAUAACAUAGUUCAGCAGAGUUUCUUGUGAUGAACAGAGUUUUGUCUUUCGCUCCUAUCUGAUGUAUCUUGCUGCUGUGGUAUAUUGCUUGGAAAUCCUAGACUUGGCCAAGAAAGCUGAGGGAAUCUGAUUUUUCUCUUGUUGCAGGCACUGGGAGAAGCAGCUACAGGCUAUGCAAGGUAAAUACUACAUUGCCAGCUUCUGUGAAAACUAGCUUUCUGUCCAUCACAAGGCUGCGUAUGAUGACAACAUAGUUCAGCAGAUGAUCAGUGGUGAUCACUUGUUCAGUCUUUCGCUCCUAUCUGAUGCAGCCUCCUGUACCUUCGGAUAAGUGACAGACAACUGAAACUGAAAGGUUACAGUGAAAUGCUACCCAUUGUUGCAUUUUGUCAAUCUCUCUCAGAAGAUCAGGAAAGGGGACAAAUGUUUAAAAAAUGUAGUAGGAUGAAUAGGUUUUGCUAAGUAGUUUGGUAAUGAAAACUCUUGGUUCAUCUGGUGUUUGUGCUCUAAGUCCUGUAAGUGUUGCUUUGCAGUGUGCCCUGGACAGAGACAGGAUGCCUGUGCCUGGUGUGAGAAGCUUUCACCUGUCAGUGAUGUUGGCAAGACAAGACUCUUCUAACUGAAGGUAAUUGAAGAUAUUUUAGUUGGAUGCUAUGUUUGGCUGUGCUGCACUUGUGAAAUAAUAGGUCAGCUACUGGGCUGCAUUUGAGCCUGGGAACUUGUUUAUAAAUGAGUCUGCAAAUCCAUUCUGUUCCUGGAAAACAUGAAGCAAAGAUAAAACUGCCCUAAGUGUGCCUUAUGCUUCAUGAUAGAAGUAUGAAGUAGUUAUUUUGGAGGGUUAAAAUUCCCCAGAACAUUCCUGUAAAUAAAUGUAAUUUCCUAAACAUAAAUGUAGCAGUGCCACGAGUUCAGUAUCCAAAAUGCUUUUCCUGGUUAGACCAGCCUGAGUGUUUACAGGUCUGUGUGUUCCCAGCUUGGAGGUGUGGUGCUUUCUGCAGUCUCAGCAGUGAUGUCUCAUGUUGAGAGCUGGGAGAUCGGUUUGGGCCCCCUUGUGGAAGGGGCUGGAAGUGUUGCAGUUUGCUGUACAUGAUGUUGAAUCAGGUCUCUGAUCCCAGUGAGGAUAAAACUUGACUAAACACUGAUACAGCCUUUGAUGGAGCUGUUGUUAUGCUGAAACUUCCUCCUGGACCACAACUAACAGUGACUUUUCCUUUGCAGACUCCUGAAUUGUUUCUUGUCAUGAUAUAGCAGUCCACAGACUGACAGUAUAAGCUGCCUGUAUGAUGAAAUGCGAACACACUGACUUCAAUUGUGGAGGUCUGCAAUUAGCUCUAUCUGAUUUCGGGCAUCUGACUAGAUUUCAUUCUUGUGUCUGUUUAUGUGCUGUCCUGAUUGUGUUUUUUUUUCUAGUGCUGUUGUGGUAGAGCUGUGAGGUGGUACCAGCUGGUAGUGCUCCUAGCAAAGUUUUGAGAAUGGAAGAACUGCCAGAUACUCCAUGACAGACAUUUGAGUGAAGCUGAGAAGGAAGGAGUAUGUGAGAACCAAGAUUUUGCUGCUUUGAGGAAAGAACUAUUGUCUGCUGCCUCACUGGGUGAGGAGGCAACUUUGAAACUAAUAUGAGGAAUGAGAAAGGAAAUUCAGCAGGGCGUUUUGGAGAAGAAGCUGCUACUUGGCAGGCACUGCAUCGGAGCUAAAGGCAUGCAGAGGCAUUUGCUUGUGUCAGACAGCUCAAUGACACCCAGAAAGAAGCUCGAGGGUCUCGUGGCAGCUACAAUCACUCCCAUGACUCCCGAUGGACAAGUCAAUCUUUCAGUGAUUCGCCAAUAUGUGGAUUAUCUGGUAAGCGAGCAGAAUGUGAAGAACAUCUUUGUGAAUGGCACCACAGGAGAAGGCCUGUCCCUUAGCAUCCAGGAGAGGAAGCAGUUGGCAGAAGAAUGGGUGCGCCAAGGAAAAGACAAACUAGAUCAUGUGAUCAUUCAUGUGGGAGCACUAAGUCUACCAGAGUCCCAAGACCUGGCAAGACACGCAGCAGCCAUAGGUGCUAGUGGUAUUGCUGUAAUAGCCCCCUUCUUCUUCAAACCCACAAACAAAGAUGAACUGGUUGCUUUCUUACAGAAAGUUGCAUCUGAAGCCUCUGGGGUUCCAUUUUAUUACUAUCACAUUCCUCCUCUGACGGGUGUAAAGAUUCGUGUUGAAGAGUUGCUGGAUGGAAUAAGAGAGCAGAUCCCCACCUUCCAGGGUGUGAAGUUUAGUGACACAGACCUCUUGGACCUUGCACAGUGCAUAAACAAGAAUGAGAGCGAACAGUUUGCAUUUCUCUAUGGGGUGGAUGAGCAACUGUUGGGUGCACUGGCAGUAGGGGCAAACGGAGCAGUUGGAAGCACAUACAACUAUUUGGGUAGAAAAACCAAUCUGAUGUUGCAAGCUUUUGCAAAGCCAGACCACGCAUUAGCACAAAAGUAUCAGUUUCUCAUUGGGGAAUUUCUCAACUUUGUCAUCAAACUAGGUUUUGGUGUUGCACAGACGAAAGCUGUAAUGACUUUUGUUUCUGGCAUCCCCAUGGGACCUCCCCGGCCUCCGCUUGUUAAUGCCUCUGAGGAGUUCAUUGCCAAGGCCAAAGCCAAGCUGGAUAGCAUCGCAUGGCCUGGUGGUGACUGACUUCACUCCCUUGUCGGUCUGGAAGUAGAGGCUCCUUUUCUGGGAUUCACCAUCACUUGGCACAUUCCCCAGGAGAUGGUUUGGCUGUGAUUUCUUUCAGGGAGUUGGCAGCGUGCCUGAGCCUCAUCCUGGCACAGCUGGCACAUGCGUAGCCGCCUUCUUGUGUAACUCUGCUCUGCUGCCCUGGAGCUCUGCACUGCCCAGGACCGGCUGGUGUCUUCAAAAAAAAAUUAAAAAAUAAAAAAAAAAAUAAAAAAGCUAGUUUCUCCAGUGGAGGGAUCCUGACUUCUUUCAGAAGGAGGAAGGUCUGUCUGUACCUUCCUCCACUUAGACCAUGUUUUGUCUUCCCUUCCUGAGCAUCUUCAGCACUAGUGUGUUUUUAAACACUACUCUGUUUUAAACACUGCUCUUUUAAACAUCUGCUUGCUCAGGCUGGUGUUUCAUUGUUUGUCACAAAGUCAUUGGGACACCGAUUGUGCCUCCUCUCGUACCUUUGCACGCCUUCACUUAAUGCAAGAUUUAAAACAAGACUUUUCUAACGGCCUUUGGCUCUCUAAUGAAUGGGUGUCACUGCAGCCUUCUCCUCGCAGCACGCCAGUGGCCCUGCCACCUUGUGUCCCUCAGCCCCACGCUGCUCCUGCUUCUCCCUCCUGCUGCCCAGGCGCUGCUGGGAGGCACAGGGUGAUGCAGUGGGGUGGCCACCUGGUGCUCGCAGCUGGCAGUGAGUGGGAUGCCUGGGGAGACCCUGCUCUGACCCUUGGCGCCUCGGUGUGGGCAGCUGGGUGCUCAGAGGGUGCCUGGAGACACCCAGCUGGCUGCAAGCUUGGCUGUGUGACAGCCAGAACAUCCCUGCUUCUUGCCUGUGAGCGGGAAGUGCACUGAUCUACUUUGUCAGGGGAAAGUAGCCUGGCAAAAAGCUCUUAGUGUAAAAAGUCAGCUGUAAAGAACUAUGGUCAUAUGCUGAACUUGUGCUGAAAUGUAUUAAAAUCUGUUGGAUUGGCA